CUGGUGGCGGCUCCCGCGCACUUCGGUUCCGGAGCUGCGGCGGCUCCGCUGGCGUUCUUCGAGGCUGCAGCGUUCUUGGAGGUGGCGCAGCGGAGCGGCAGCUGGGCAUGUCCGGCCACCGGGCGACUGGGGGAGCUGAGAGACCUGCGGCCGCACGCCUACCUGACUGCCGUACUGCGCUGCCUGGAGCUCAGCGGCGUAUCCGGCCGGGUGGACUCCAUCGAGGUUGACCCCAGCGGCCGGUGGCGCCCCAAGGCCAGCCGCGUGCCCUUCCUGUCCGUGCUUGGGGAGGCCGCUGAUGCAGCUGCUAAUGAUGCUGACGGGGACAGCGGCUCCGACGCCGCUGGCGGCCCCAAGGCCUCCGGCUCUGGCAGCAAGGCAGAGGUAGAAGGGGCGGUAGG